AUGGGACGGGCAAGAGCUUCCUACGCAAACAAGAGCCUCGGGAUCCUGUUUGCUCGAGCUGUGACGGCAGACGUGCAUGACGAGAGCAAGUUUCGAUCGUCCUGCACUGUUGACCGAACCGGGAAGUUGUCUCUCUUCAAGGCGCUGUCUCUAUUCAUGCCAUCAGCCAUAAGGAAUGAAUGCAACCAAGUGGGCAGGAGAGGCCUCACGGUGGUGGAAUACAACAAGUGUCUGGAGCAGAAUGGUUUCCCAAAGGCAAGAUCAAGAAGCCCAUUCUUAGAGGAUGUUGAAAAUUCCCAGAGCAAACAUGCUCCAGGAAUCAAAUAUUUCUUUGUGGGCAAGCGAUGGCUGAAUCCUCGAGAUUGCAAUGAUUUGAAGCUGCUAGAUGCAGGAUGGGAAACUCUGAAAGGCUUCUUUCCUUUGCAAGAACCUUCGACGCUAAAGGCAAAAUUACUGCUCGUGUGCCAGCGCUUUCACGAUGCAUGGGAAGAGGUAUGCGUGCAAGCCUUGGCUUCGAAGUCGUCGGAAAUCGGAAUGAACUCUGAUUGUGAUUCUGGAUGUGAGCAAGGUCAGGACCAGGAUCGUUCAUUCCUACCAUCAUCAUCCUCGAUACCCAAAUCGGACCGUCACUGCCAGAAUCACAGACAGCAUUGCGCGUCGGAAUACACAACACUGAACCAAGGGACAUGCCAAAGAACUGCUCAUGAGGAGAACACUAACCCGAGUCACCGCAUCCAACUUUGUGAAGCGAAGGCAGAAUGGCCGGAGGCAGAAAGCAACGUCAAUAUCCAGAGUCCCAAAGACUACACAGGAGAGACUGAAGACAAUGAUGUUUAUUUCCCAAUGGUUCAGGAAUUUUGUGAAGUAGGCUGUCAAAUUUGUGCCAUUAACAUCAUUCUGCCGUGCUGA